AAACCCCAAGUCUCUCGACUAACCUCGCCUAUAAAUAGAGAGUUAAGCUCUGCAUUACAUGCGCUCAACACACAUUGAGCGGAUCUGCCUCCUCUUUCAUCCUGCUAGAGAUUGAAGCUUCGCUGCUUUCGAUUUGCGGUUUAAAUCCCUAACAGUACGUUGCGAGGAGAAAAAUCUAGGGUUUCGGGGAGGAAACAUGGUCGGAAGCGCUCUAGUCGAGGCGAUGUCGGGGGAUUUGGGCGGAAAGGUCGAGAUCUUGUCGGAGGAUUUUGAUCCCACGGCUGUGGUGGUGGAGCCGGUGCCGCCGGUGGUGGAGAACGGUGGGGAGAUGGGAAGAGAAGAGGAGAAGAAGAGGAGCAAAGAGAUUGUGCUUGGGCGAAACGUGCACACCACGUGCCUUGCUGUCACGGAGCCCGAUGCCAAUGACGAAUUUACUGGUGAUAAGGAGGCUUAUAUGGCUAGUGUGUUGGCUAGGUAUCGGAAGACUCUGAUGGAAAGAACGAAGCACCAUUUGGGUUAUCCUUAUAAUCUGGAUUUCGACUAUGGUGCUCUGUCACAGUUGCAACAUUUCUCCAUCAAUAAUCUUGGUGAUCCAUUUAUUGAGAGUAACUAUGGUGUCCAUUCGAGACAGUUUGAAGUUGGUGUUUUGGAUUGGUUUGCCCGUCUAUGGGAAAUAGAAAAAGAUGAAUACUGGGGGUACAUCACUAAUUGUGGCACAGAAGGCAAUCUUCAUGGAAUCUUAGUCGGGCGAGAAGUGCUUCCUGAUGGGAUUCUCUAUGCAUCACAAGAGACACAUUAUUCUGUCUUUAAAGCAGCACGGAUGUAUAGAAUGGAAUGUGUGAAGGUUGCCACUUCACUUUCGGGGGAGAUUGAUUGUGCAGAUUUUAAGGCUAAACUACUGGCUAACAAGGACAAACCAGCCAUCAUUAAUGUUAACAUAGGAACAACUGUCAAGGGAGCCGUAGAUGACCUUGAUCUUGUAAUAGAGACUCUCGAAGAAUGUGGGUUUACACAUGAUCGGUUCUAUAUUCACUGUGACGGAGCUCUAUUUGGACUCAUGAUGCCUUUUGUCAAACGCGCACCAAAGGUAACUUUCAAGAAACCCAUAGGAAGUGUGAGUGUCUCUGGCCACAAGUUUGUGGGCUGUCCAAUGCCUUGUGGCGUUCAGAUAACAAGGAUGGAGCAUAUCAAUGCGCUCUCAAGGAAUGUGGAGUACCUGGCUUCAAGGGAUGCCACAAUUAUGGGUAGCCGGAAUGGCCAUGCUCCAAUCUUUCUCUGGUACACUCUGAACAGGAAAGGUUACAAGGGUUUCCAGAAAGAAGUUCAGAAGUGCCUUAGAAAUGCCCACUACUUGAAGGACCGCCUCCGAGAUGCUGGAAUCAGUGCCAUGCUUAAUGAGCUCAGCAGCACGGUUGUGUUUGAACGGCCCGUUGAUGAUGAGUUUGUCCGCAGGUGGCAGCUUGCAUGCCAGGGGAAUAUUGCGCAUGUUGUGGUUAUGCCCAAUGUCACCAUUGAGAAGCUGGACUAUUUCUUAGAUGAUCUGAUUGAAAAGCGAAACACUUGGUUUCUGGAUAAAAAAGUUCAACCUCCUUGUGUUGCAGCAGACAUAGGGAGUGAGAAUUGUUUGUGUGGUCUGCAUGAGUGACGCAUGGGUGAUACCACUACGAAUCAAUUUGUGCGCGCUCUGCGUGAGGAAGUAGUAGCGCUACCACCAGAGUACCUAUUAUAUUCUGCAUUUCGCUCCUGGUGUCGAUGUUAUUACAGCUGUAGCAAAGCACUUGAUUCUAGUGCAAUCUAGAGAUCUUUCAGAUGUUUUUCCACCUUUAUGUAACGCCUUCUAGAUCCGUUGUCUUCCAAGCACUCCUUUCGCAGUCCCUUUUUGGAAUACUGCUCUGUUCGUCAGUCGAUGCUGUGUUCGUCUGUUGAAUGAUGGGACAAAUAAAACAUAUUAGAAAAAAGAUUUUCCUUUUUCA